UUGUUCAUAAACUUUUAAAUCAAACAUAAUUAGAACUCUAUCACGCAUGUGCAAGAGUUCUGUGUUCUGCACUUUCUGCACAUGAGCGGGUGUUGGUUCUUCUACGCGGUCUUCAGCAGUGGUCUUCCUAGUUUAUUUUAUUUUGCAUGACGGUAGAUUUAUCCUUAGAAGGAGGGCGUGCAAUUUUCACGAUCUCCGCUUGCAUAUUUUCGUGAUAAUGCCAAAGAGAAAGAAUCAGGCCCUCAUAGAUUCUGAUAGUAGUGGCAGUGCGUCGGAAAGUGGUUCAGAUUUGGACAAUGACUUGUUGUCUCUUGCCAAAAAGAAGAAAGGCAAGAGUCAAGAUGAUUCCCAAUCAAAUGAAGAGACUAGUUCGACGAAGAAGGAUAAUAAACAUGAAUCAGAGACAUCAGAUUCAGAUGAUGAUUGGGGUGCAAAGUCUGGUAAAAGUAAGAAAAAGAAAGUGCCAAAUAAAAGAAAUAAACGAAAGAUGACGAAGUCUAGCAGUGAAGAAAGUGCUAGUGAAAAAGAGCCUGAAAAGGUGUCUGAACCAGAAGAAGGUGAAGUCUCAGAUUCAGAUGCUAGCGUUUCUGACUCUAGCCAAGAAGAAUUCAAUGAUGGCUAUGAUGAUAAAUUAAUGGGAGAUGCAGAGGAUCAAGCAAGACUUGCUCAAAUGACAGAGAAGGAGAGAGAACAGGAAAUAUUUAAACGCAUAGAACAACGUGAAAUUAUGAAAACAAGAUUUGAAAUUGAGAAGAAGUUAAGAAUGGCCAAGAAACAAGAACUGAAAAAACAGAAAGAAUCAAGGAAGAAAGAAAAAAGUACAGAAGAAAAGAAAGUGGAUAGAGCACCAGAUCCUAAAGAGAGGAGUAAGGACCGUAAGAAGACAAUAGAAGAAAAGCAAGAUAAAAAGUUCCAUGCAAUGUCUCUUUUAAAAGCAAGGCGUGAGGAGAAAAAGGAACGAGAGGAGAAAGAGAAGCAAAGAAUUGAACAACAGCAACAACAGUCAAAGGAUAUUGAAGAGGAAGAAUUGGAAGAUGAUCAUAAAGGAGGUGCAAAUAAAACAAAACUUAAGGCUUCUGAUAUUUAUUCAGAUGACAGUGGUUCAUCAGAGAGCGCGGGUGUUGGUUCUUCUACGCGGUCUUCAGCAGUGGUCUUCCUAGUUUAUUUUAUUUUGCAUGACGGUAGAUUUAUCCUUAGAAGGAGGGCGUGCAAUUUUCACGAUCUCCGCUUGCAUAUUUUCGUGAUAAUGCCAAAGAGAAAGAAUCAGGCCCUCAUAGAUUCUGAUAGUAGUGGCAGUGCGUCGGAAAGUGGUUCAGAUUUGGACAAUGACUUGUUGUCUCUUGCCAAAAAGAAGAAAGGCAAGAGUCAAGAUGAUUCCCAAUCAAAUGAAGAGACUAGUUCGACGAAGAAGGAUAAUAAACAUGAAUCAGAGACAUCAGAUUCAGAUGAUGAUUGGGGUGCAAAGUCUGGUAAAAGUAAGAAAAAGAAAGUGCCAAAUAAAAGAAAUAAACGAAAGAUGACGAAGUCUAGCAGUGAAGAAAGUGCUAGUGAAAAAGAGCCUGAAAAGGUGUCUGAACCAGAAGAAGGUGAAGUCUCAGAUUCAGAUGCUAGCGUUUCUGACUCUAGCCAAGAAGAAUUCAAUGAUGGCUAUGAUGAUAAAUUAAUGGGAGAUGCAGAGGAUCAAGCAAGACUUGCUCAAAUGACAGAGAAGGAGAGAGAACAGGAAAUAUUUAAACGCAUAGAACAACGUGAAAUUAUGAAAACAAGAUUUGAAAUUGAGAAGAAGUUAAGAAUGGCCAAGAAACAAGAACUGAAAAAACAGAAAGAAUCAAGGAAGAAAGAAAAAAGUACAGAAGAAAAGAAAGUGGAUAGAGCACCAGAUCCUAAAGAGAGGAGUAAGGACCGUAAGAAGACAAUAGAAGAAAAGCAAGAUAAAAAGUUCCAUGCAAUGUCUCUUUUAAAAGCAAGGCGUGAGGAGAAAAAGGAACGAGAGGAGAAAGAGAAGCAAAGAAUUGAACAACAGCAACAACAGUCAAAGGAUAUUGAAGAGGAAGAAUUGGAAGAUGAUCAUAAAGGAGGUGCAAAUAAAACAAAACUUAAGGCUUCUGAUAUUUAUUCAGAUGACAGUGGUUCAUCAGAGAGCGGCGAAGAGGAAGAAACUACUAAAGCAUCAUCUCACCGCAGAUCAUCUUCAAGUGACAGUAGGGACACUGAUUCAGAAAAUGACAAAAAAUCUGUUACGAGUACUAAGGCGAAAGUGAAGAAACCAAUAUACGUCAGUACCAAGGAAGAUCUUAAUAAAAUUAGAUUAUCUCGUCAUAAAAUGGAAAGAUUUGUACAUCUACCAUUCUUUGAUAGAGUAGUACAAGGCUGUUUUGUAAGGAUUGGUAUUGGGAACAAUAAUGGGAAACCUGUAUACAGAGUAGCUGAAAUUAGCGGUGUUUGUGAGACAGGAAAAAUUUAUCAGCUUGGUGGUACGAGAACAAAUAAGGGGUUGAAAUUAAGACAUGGAGCUCAAGAACGUGUGUUUAGAUUAGAAUUUGUAUCGAAUCAAGAAUUCACUGAAUCCGAGUUUUUUAAAUGGAAAGAGACUUGCGCUUUGCAAGGUAUAUCUAUGCCCACUUUCGAAGAAGUUGAACAAAAAUUAAAAGACAUUAAAGAAGCUUUGGUAUACGAAUUUAAGGAAGAGGAUAUAGAAAAGAUAGUACGAGAGAAAGAAAGAUUUAAGCAAACUCCAUAUAAUUAUGCAAUGAAAAAGGCACAGCUUAUGCGCGAAAGAGAUGCGGCCAAUUGUAGAGGAGAUGACGAAACUGCUAGCCGACUUAAUCAAGAAUUAAGUGAGCUUGAAGAACGUGCUUCUGAGCUCGAUAAAAUGCGGACCGCAACUAUAUCUAGUAUAUCUUAUAUUAAUGAUCGUAAUCGAAAGAAAAAUGUUGAAGAAGCAGAAAAAGCAAUUAUGGAGGAAAUUAAAGCCAACAAAGGCAAGAAAGUAGAUGACCCAUUCACUAGACGAAGUACUAAACCCAGGAUGGUGUACAAGCCAGAGGAUGAUGAGGUGUCGUCUAGUAUCCCGAUAAAUGAUAAAACCAGUCCCCAACAAACUGAAGCAGUAGCAGUGAAUAACGAAAAAGAAAACGGUCAAGAGACUAAGAAGAAACAAAGUACUGAAGACUUAUUUAAUGCUCACGACUUCGACAUUACGAUAGAUUUGGAAGUACCAAUUCCAAACAAUCCCGUUAGUGUAUUACCCAAGCCUAUUAGUAAUAUUAAAGAUACUGGACCUCGACGAUCCUUAAAUUUAGAAGAUUACAAGAAAAAACGGGGACUCAUCUAACGUUUUGUUAAUUUUAGAAGUGAAAAAAAUCAGACCAUAAUGGUCUGGUGAAUUGUAAAAAAAAAAAUGAGACGAAAACGUGUAACAGUUGACUGAGAAACUAGCUUUUACAUAGUUCUCAUAUAAUAUUACAGUUUCGUUCUAUAUAUAACAAAACGUCUCUCUUUUAGGAACGACGUACAUUAUUCUUUACAAUAUUAUUCUGUUACAAAGUCAUAAUUAAUUAUUGUAUUCUGUACGAAAGAAUACGAUUUCAAUGUUCGUUGAAAUAUUCUUGUUUUUCGAAGAACACUGUUAAGAAGUACUUAAGCGAAAGUAUUACAGGUUGAAUUAUGUAAGAACUUUUUUAUUA